GGGGGACCGGCGAUGAAAUGUCGCGAGGUUCUGCCCCGUGUGAUGUGCGCACGCGUCAGAAAUAGUCUGGUUGCUAGGGCCCGCCAGGUGUUAGCAACGGGCUGGGGAACGGUGCGGGCCUGCUGGGGACGGUCACGCGAACAUGCCGCCCAAAAAGAAAGAAAGGCCUAUCACCCCGCCCUUGGGCGAGGGGAAAGCGGAGCCGCUGACCGCCAUGGAGAGGGAGCUGUACAUCAUCCAAGUCAGGGACCUGGAGGGCAGGGUGAGCAGGUACCAACGGAGACUGGAUGAACUGGAAGUGACAAAGACUGAUUCUGAUGAGAAGCAUGAACAAUUUAGCAAAGAUUUGCAAGAUGUUAUUGCCUAUCUGAAGAAGGGCCUGAAUCAGAGAAUUGAUGAAAUUGCUGAUCUGAAUGACAAGGUAGAUGAUUUGGUGCAAGCCAAGGAAAAUGAGAAACAGAGCUAUGAAUCCCAGCUGUCACAGUUGCGCCAAGAUUUUCAGGAAACUAAGGAUCAGCUCACAUCAGAGAACAUGAUUUUAGCUGGAAAACUUGAUGCACUAGAGGAGUUUCGAGUUCAAAAGGAGGAAUUGAUGGCCAAGUUUGCAGCACUUGAACAACAGUUGAAACAACAGGAGGAAGAGCACAGUGAUAUUAUUUACAACUUGGAGAGGAGGGCAGUGGUAGAUAAAGAUAGGUUAAAGAAGGAGAUGAUUACACGGGUGAAUGCUGUGGCCGCAGAGUUCCGUCGUAUUUCAAAGAAGCAAGUGGCAGAAACGACAAGAAGAGCCAUACGUGAAAAUGUAUCCAUUAGCAACCAGCUGGGAAAGAUGUCGGAUAAAAGCAUGAAAAUAAUCAAAGAGAAUGAUGAACUGAAAAUGGAAGCUAUGAAGCAGUGGAGAAACAUUAAUAUCUUAGAGGAAAGUCAGAAGGAGCUGGUCAGAAAGAAUCUCAGCAACUUAAAGAUUAUUCAAAUGUUGACUGAGAAAUGCAAACAGCAGCAGAAGUCACUGGAAGGCUGCAUGCAGAGAGAAAAGAUGGUUCAACAACUUGAGUUGACAAUAAAAGAUCUUGAGGCUCAGAAUGAAUCUCUAAGGAAUGAAGUAACAUCUCUUAAGAAGGAGCUGGAGACAAAACAAUCUCAUCUGGAGAAUCAGAAGGCCUCCAUGGAGCAACAGGAGAAGCGCAGAAAGCAGGUGGAGAAAGUCCUCUCUGAUGCUGCCUAUGCUUUGAAGGAUGCCCUGCUGGAUAACACAGAAUGUGCAGAUGAAAGCUCUCCUACCAUCAGUGUAGACAAGACGGAUUCUGAGAUGGCAGCAUAUACUCAUCGAAGUCAAAUGAUGCAGAAACUGCUGCUCUUACUGAACAAUGCAGCUGUACUUGGUCUUGGGCCUUCACCAGUGGAAUUUAUCAACAGUGAGCUGCCUAUCAUAGAACAUAAGCCAGGGAAUAUAGCAGAAAGACAUGGUUCUGCCUCUUCUGCUGUCAAAGGAUCAGGCCUUCUGUCCCACUAUAAAGUAGGUGACCUGGGUCUGGUUCCACGACCGAAGCAAGUUACUCCCAACCUUGCUGACAAAGUGGGCCAGCUAUCAAAAACAACGCGUCUUGGUUUGCUCAGGCCAUUUUCAAGAUCAGCGCCAACCCAAAUGAGUUGUUUGCUCAAGGAUUCGGCUACUGAAGAUCAGGGAGUGCAGAACUCAAUCCUGCCCAAAAUCACUGCAGCAUACUGCCUCCAAGACCAAGUUUGCAAGCCAACUAGUUAAAUCUUAGAGUGACCUAGUGAAAAAUGGAAUUUUUUUGUAGUUAAAUUUGGAUUUUUAAGUGAUCAAUGCCUUUUAAGAGACUUUAUUCUUUCUAGGCCACUGAAUUUGGUUACAUUUUUGAAAAAAAUAAAAUAACUUUUAUUUU